GAAAUUUCGUAUUCAAGGGAAGAAGAGCAUGGGGAUUGUUGGGCGAGUGGAUUAUAAAUAAACCACGUUGUUGCUUCUCAUCGUAUUCGUCUUCUGCUGCUGUUUUCUUUCUUCUUCUUCGUCUUCUUCUUCUUCUGCUUCUUCUUCUUCUUCUUCUUUGCUAUUGCCGUCAGCGUUAGUGGGGGGAGAAAGAGCGAAGGAGAGAUCAUGAAGUACGUGUUGGUGACGGGCGGAGUGGUGAGUGGGUUGGGGAAAGGUGUGACGGCCAGCAGCAUCGGCGUCCUCCUCAAGGCCUGCGGUCUCCGCGUUACCUCCAUUAAGAUCGAUCCUUAUCUAAACACUGAUGCCGGGACCAUGUCUCCGUUCGAGCAUGGGGAAGUCUUCGUGUUAGAUGAUGGUGGAGAGGUGGACUUGGAUCUAGGAAACUAUGAACGCUUCCUGGACGUCAAGUUAACUCGUGACAACAAUAUUACAACUGGCAAAAUCUAUCAGCAUGUCAUUAACAGAGAGAGGAGGGGGGAUUACUUGGGAAAAACAGUUCAGGUUGUGCCGCAUAUUACAGAUGCCAUUCAAGAAUGGAUUGAACGUGUGGCAAUGAUACCGGUGGAUGGUAAAGAUGAACCAGCCGAUGUUUGUAUUAUAGAAUUGGGCGGAACUAUAGGAGACAUCGAAUCAAUGCCAUUUAUUGAAGCUUUGGGUCAAUUCUCUUACCGUGUAGGGCCUGGUAAUUUCUGUCUGGUCCAUGUCAGUCUCGUACCAGUUCUCAAAUCAGUGGGAGAGCCGACUAAACCAACUCAACAUAGUGUUAGGGGAUUACGAGGACUUGGGCUAGUACCACAUAUUUUAGCUUGCCGCUGUGAGAAGCCCCUUGAAGUAAAUGUUAAAGAAAAACUCUCGCUUUUUUGCCACGUUCCAGUGGCAAAUAUUAUUACUCUCCAUGAUGUUACAAACAUCUGGCACAUUCCAUUGAUUUUGAGGGAGCAAAAGGCACACGAAGCUAUUUUGAAGCUAUUAAACCUUCAAGGAUGCACUAAGGAACCUCUGCUGGCAGGAUGGAUGGAUAGAGCUAAACUCUGUGAUAGGUUGCAUGAGCCUGUGAAGAUCGCUAUUGUGGGAAAAUACACUGGUCUUCCUGAUUCUUAUCUCUCUAUACUGAAGGCUCUUUUGCAUGCUUCCGUUGAAUGUCGGAAAAAACUUGUCAUAAAUUGGGUCCCCUCAUCUGAUCUUGAAGAAACUUCUGCUGAAGAGACACCAGAUGCAUACAAAACAGCAUGGAGGUGUUUGAAAAGUGCAGAUGGCAUAUUAGUACCAGGAGGUUUCGGAGAUCGAGGGGUGGAGGGGAAAAUUCUUGCGGCUAAAUAUGCCCGUGUAAACAAAGUUCCAUAUCUCGGUAUUUGUCUCGGGAUGCAGAUUGCUGUCAUAGAAUAUGCUCGCUCAGUAAUGAACUUGAGAGAGGCAAAUAGCACAGAGUUUGAUCCUGAUACAACUACUCCUGUUGUUGUUUUUAUGCCAGAGGGCUCGAAAACUCACAUGGGGGGUACAAUGAGACUUGGAUCAAGGAGAACUUAUUUUGAUGUUGCUGAUUGCAAAUCUGCAAAGCUGUAUGGAAAAGCAAGCUUUGUCGACGAAAGGCAUCGACACAGAUACGAGGUUAAUCCCGAAAUGAUUACAGAAUUCGAAGAAGCUGGACUUGCUUUUGUUGGUAAAGACGAGACAAGGAGACGAAUGGAGAUUAUUGAGCUGCCUACUCAUCCUUACUUUGUCGGUGUGCAAUUUCACCCAGAAUUCAAGUCUAGACCAGGGAAACCCUCUGCAGUUUUCCUAGGUUUGAUAGCAGCAUCAUGCGGGCGGCUAGAUCUUUGGUUGCAAGCUGCUGGUCAACCGAGCAACUUAAGAACUCAUGCUUCCAUUAAUGGUUUCCCCAAGAUCCACCAAAAUGGGAGCAGCUUGAAGAAAUCUUCUAAAAGUCUGCUUAAUGGAAAUUUCCACUCCAAUGGAAACGGCGUGCAUGUCUGAUCGACAUUAGGAGUUGUUAACUCCCUGGAUAUUGUUGUGGCUUUUUAUGUAUUGUGGUUUUAUUGCCCCUUCUAUUCUUCCAGAUUUGCAUUUGCUCUGUACAGUUAGUCGAUUAUGAAGUCGAGUGUCUGCUCCGGUGUUUUAACAGGGAGCAGCAGCGACCAUGCCAUCAGUUAGAGUUUCAGGUGUAGCUUUAUUUCUUCUAAAACAAUGUUUGAUUUUGAUUAGAUGAAGUUGGUUCCUUGACCUAUUAGCGAAUCGGGACUAAGUUGUUUUAAGAGAAGAAAGAAGAUUUUAUGUAUGAUGUCCUAUUUGGAAAUUGUUGUAUGACUUUAUAAUCAUUAAGUUUCAAUGAUCAGUAUGGAUUGCUUUUA